GGCUUGUCGUCCUGACAACUCCGGAGCGUUAGUCCACACGGCUGUACUCUGACUUUGCUGACUGCGGAGGUCUUGCUUGCCGCCUCAUGGGUCCCAAAGCAAAAAAGACCGGCAAUAAGAAAAAGAAGAUCAACAAAGCUGAGCGAUUGAAGCAGAUCCAAGAGGAGGAGGAGAAAAGACUGAAAGACGAAGAGGAAGCCCGUUUGAAAUAUGAGAAAGAAGAAUUGGAAAGACUUGAAAUGGAGCGAAUUGAGAGAGAAAAAUGGUGUCAACUUGAAGAAAAGGAUCUACAAAGGAGGAAUGAAGAACUUGAAGAACUUUAUUUAUUAGAGGGUUGUUUUCCUGAAGCCGAGAAAUUGAAACGAGAAACCAGAUUGCUUGCUCAGUGGAAACAUUACAUUGAAUGUGAUGGGACUCCUGAUCCUACAGUAGCCCAAGAAAUAAACACUUUCAUUAGCUUGUGGAAAGAGGAAACAAAUGAGACUUUUGAGGCCGUGAUUAAGAAGAGUAAACUAGUACUAAAUUUAAUUGAGAAAUUGAAGUUAAUUUUAUUGGAAACUCCACCGUGUGAUUUGCACGAGAAAAGUAUAACACAGUACCAAGGAUCAAUUCAACAGCUGCAAGAGCUCCUCCAUUUUAAAUUUAACGUAGCCACAGAAAUACUUCUCAGACAAGCUAGUACUUUGGCAGAUCUGGACACUGGAAAUAUGGAAAAAAUCAUUCGAGAUGAAAAUAUUACUCUGUAUUUGUGGGCAAACCUCAAGAAGAAUCCAAGGUACAAAAGUAUCAGAUUUUCUGAAACACAAGUUGGAUUUGAAAUUCCAAGGAUAUUAGCAGCAAGUGACAUUGCUCUACGAGUCCUACACACUCACUAUGAUCACGUUUCUCCUUUGCGACAUAUUCCAAAACCAACAGAAGAAGAACCCACUACUCUAGAAACCGAGAUUUUGAAAGAGGAACUUGAGGAUGUAGAAACAGCCAUCAGCACAGAAGACCAGAAAGAGUCUAAGCCAGAAGAAAGUGGGUCUAAGUUAAUUCAUGAGGAAGAAAUAAAAGUUGAGCAACAAAGUAAUAUUGAAGUACAAAUGAAUUUUGCUGACGAAGAAUCUGAAGCCGUAAAAGGUGAACUGGAGAUGAAAUUAUUCAGUGAAACCGUUUCAGCAGCACACUUGUUGCAGAUUGAGAAUGCCCCUGAAAUGCCACUUGCAUUUGAAGAUAACGAGGUGGAUAUAUGCCAGUUCACAACCCUGGGCGGAAUAUAUCACUUGGACAUUUUGGAGCUUCCUCCACAGUGUAAACCAGCAAAGGGCUGGAUGAUUGUGGAAAUACUCAAAGAAGGAUUACAGAAAUACACAUAUCCUCCAGAAACUACAGAAGACUUGGAGGCAGAGAACGCUUUCCCACCCGUAGAGGUCACGCUUCGGGUUCAUGACAAUGUGAUGUUUUUUGAGGACCCUAUGGUUGUAAGGUGGAAUGCUGAAGAUCAACAUUGGACAACUGAUGGCAUCAGCAAUAUAUCUUAUGAACAAAAAGAGAGACUAAUCACAUUCAGCCUCGAAACCUUUGGCCCUGUUACCUUGAUUCAAGAUACUCAUAUUAACAUGCCAUACCGGUCAUGGGAACUAAGACCACUGGAUGUCAAUCAAGUGCUUUUGACUGUGACCACAGUAUUUACUGAGAUUCAAAUACAUAUUAAGGAAAACGUCUGCAUGUUAUCAUCAAUCAAACUACAAGACAUAAAAGAAGAUUUUCCUAUUUUGGAAGGAAAAUGGAUGACUUCUUUUUGUUUCAUUAAUGCUUUGAAGGAAGCUGGCUUGAACAUCUUCCCUACCGGACACUCUCAUUUCUAUGUUUCUGCGAACAAUAAGAUUCCUUUGGUAGAAGUGAAAGCUUAUCGACAAAUGGCCCUACUAAGUUCUGCUUUUGCAUUUGGUUGGAGCAAGUGGAACUUAGAAUGUACUUCUUCAAAAGUUGUAUUUAAGGUGAAGGAACAUCUUGCUGAAGAAUGGCCUGAGAAUCCUAAUUGGGACCUUUUGUUGUUUACUGGCGACAGAGCACAAAUGCUUAAGAUCAAUGAAGAGAGUGAGGCGUUCUCUGAAGCGCUUAAAGAAGAAACGGAGUUUCACUCUACUUUGUAUCACAUGGUCAAGGAUUUCGCUUCUAAGGAAGCAAUGGAGAAAAUCAGGAGUUCCGACUGUCAGUCUCUUGCCUGUGUCUGCCAGAUGCUCCUUUCUACAAGACUGCUCAGCUACUCCUGAUCUCCACUCAGAAGCUUUCAUCAGUAUGAAAAGUCAAGUAUGUUGGGGAAAAGCAGGUAUUUCUUCAAUAAAGUAUAAUGAGUGAAUAUAUUCCAGAUAAGCUCUUAAAAUUAUCU